AGCCAGACAUCAAGCUUCAAGGAGUCUCUCCACAGCAGUUCUCUCUAGAAGCUCCUGAGUCUUUGAGUCGAACCCGAAGAUGAUUUCCUCCACCAGCCUCCUCCUGCUGCUCCUGCUCGGCCUCUCUCAGGCUUUUCCUGUUGAAGAGGAAGGACCCCAGGAAGAGGAAACCCAAGAAGGAGAAGACACUGUGGACUUGACCACCAGAAUUUUGAGCGCCAACAACGGCUCCGAAGAAAUGCUGCUGGGAGGAGACAUACUGGUUCCCAAAGACAGGAACGCAAUGAAGUGCUGGUACAACAGCUGCCAAUGGGGAAAAGCCUCCAAUGGCUAUGUGGUGAUUCCUUAUGUAAUUGGGAGGGAGUUCACCAGUUAUGAAAGGGGGACCAUCGAGGGCGCCAUGAGGGCCUUCUCCGCCUACAACUUCCAGAAGCAAGACACCAACAACCUGAACACUCCCUAUGACUACUCCUCCAUUAUGCACUAUGGAAGAUACGCCUUUGCUGUGGCCUCCGGGAGGGAGACCAUCACCCCUAUCCCCAAUCCCAACGUCCAGAUCGGCCAGAGGCAGGGCAUGUCCUCCUGGGACAUCAGAAGGAUCAACCUGCUCUACAGAUGCUAAAAACUCUCCUUCUCCUAGAAGUGAGAACUUCAACUUCAUGUUAACUAAAUAUUGGAACC